AUGGAAGAGCAGAUUCCGGAGAGAGCAUUUCCAGCCUUGGAGAAGUAUGAUGGGUCAGGGGAUCCGGAGGAGCAUUUGAGAUCCUUUGUUGACGUCAUGACCAUUUACUCCCCCAGGGAAAAUAUGUGGUGCAGAGUUUUUUCCUUGUCAAUAAAAGGAGAAGCAUUAGCAUGGUUUCACUCGUUGAGACCUCGAACCAUCGGUAACUUUGCUACUUUGAGGGAUAUGUUCGAGCGGCAGUUUUCGGCGAGUAAAGCGCGAAAUCUGACGUAUCUGGAGUUAACAAACAUAAAGCAGGAGAAGGGAGAAAGUCUAAGGGACUUCAUGGAAAGGUUCAAUAGAACCGCUCGGCAAGUAAGGGGAGUAGGCAAGAAGUUUACAAUUAAAACUCUGGCUACCGCGCUGAGGCCUUCCCCAUUUGCCGAUAACUUGUUUGCAGAGCCCCCGUUAACCCUGGACGAAUUGCAAGAGAGGGCCGCUCGGUUCAUUAGAAUAGAAGAAAUGAGGGCGGUCCAAAGGCGACAGCAGGAGCAAAGCUCGAGUUCAGGGCAUGAGAAGAAGGAGGGCAAGAAACCGUUCGUACCGGGCGAGCGGCCGAAGGGCCAGAAGUAUAGAGAUGGCCCGAAGGGGGCUAGGUACGAAAGGUACAACCCGUUGAAUAUGCCAAGGGCUAGAGUGCUGGAGGAGGCCCUGAGUGUAGAUCUGAUUCGGGUAAGACCCUCCCGGUCAUCACCCAAGGCGGAUGGAACUAAACAUUGCACCUAUCAUCUGAACAUAGGGCAUAACACCGAGGACUGCACGGUGUUGAAGGAUAAGGUGGAAGAACUGAUCCGAGCGGGUCACCUGAAGAAGUUUGUUAAGGAGGAACGGAGGGCGAGGAGCCCACCCAGGAGGGCUAGGGUAGAGCGAAGUGAUAGGAGAGAGGACAGGCGCCUCGACCGUAGGCGGAGUAGAAGUCGCAGCCAUGACCGAUCGCUGCGGGGAACGAUAAACACCAUUUCGGGAGGUUUUGCAGGAGGGUCAUCGGCGUCCGCAAGAAAGAGAAACUUGAGGGAGCUAAAAAGCGUCCACAGGGUAGAUGUGAGAAAGCGCUCUAUGCCGCCAAUCACGUUUACGGAUGAGGAUUUCCACGCUCACGAUCCAGAUGAGGAUGACCCGAUGAUGGACAUAUCCGAGGAUCUGAUCGCCCCGUACAACGAACAGAUAGUAGGAUUUUCGGGGGAAAGGGUGGAUAUUAGAGGAUAUGUGGAUCUGAGAACUUGCUUGGGAACCGAGCGGAGUAAGGAGAUAAAAACCAUAUUUUUGCUGGUGGACACGAACACCUCUUAUAAUGUGUUGUUAGGAAGACCGUGUUUAAUCGCAUUCGGGGCAAUUGUUUCCACGCCCCACCUCACGCUCAAGUUUUCGUUAGGCAAUGGAACCAUUUGCACCGUUCGGUCUGAUCAGAGGAUUGCUAGAGAGUGUUAUAUGGCCAGGCUAAAGGUUCAGCCGUCGUCAUCGGACCCACCCAGCCGGCACAGGAGAAGACGAUCAGAGGUAGCCAUGGCAGAUCUAGAUCCAAGGACUAAUACUGAUGAUCGGAUGGAACCAAUGGGGGAGACAAGGCCCUUCAGUCUUGGACGGAGGGAGGAGCAGGUUACUACCAUUGGGAGUGAGUUGGAGGAGGACCAAGCCAGGGCGAUAGGUGCUGAGUUGAAGAAGAACCAAGAUUUGUUUGCUUGGACUGCAGCCAACAUGCCAGGAAUCCACCCAAAAAUUAUGUCACAUAAGGUGGAAUUGUUCAAAGAGGCCCGACCGGUGGCCUAA